CUUUACCACCAGCUGCCCCCCGUGCAAGACCUCACGUGGAAACAGCAGCAUUUAACAUUUCUUGGACAUCCAUCUCACGUAUACCGGCUAUGGCUUUACAUUUCUCCAGACCGCUUGGAAAUGAAGAAUCGGCCUCGGGUGUUUCUGCCAAAUCCCCUCUCAAGCCCUUGGACGAAGCUUUGACACAGCAACUACCUGGUGAACAGCAAGGACAGCAGUCUUCAGGAGGGGUUCUUGUGAGGUCUUGGGAAACUUGUCUUGGGGAAAUCAUCCGCAAACGUGCCAACGUGCUCCCUGGAUCACCUGUAAUUUAUUUACCUGUGAACAUAUAUUUCACUUGAAGGGCAGCCCACUGCGCCGAAGCUUUGCCAUGUAGAUGUUGAACAUGGAGAUGAAAGGGUCUUCUCAGCUGGAGGUGGAGGGACCCACACGCCUCCAGAGAUGGGGCCAAGCCCCCACCAUGGAGCCGUCAGUGUGGUGCUGCUGGGGAGGGUCCCUCACCCCCAGCCCCCCCCAUGGCUCCUCUCCUGCCAGGCUCCUCAGCCCCACCACCCUUUCCUGGUUGAAGACGAGAGAUCUGGACUCACGCAGGGCAAUUUAGAAGGGUUGGGCAAGAGACAGGCAGCUACAAAUCCUCAGCACACUUCCUCCUCGGAGCAGGCACUGGGGUUUCCCGGAGACAAGAGCAAACACAAACCUCCUGCCAGCAUCAGUCCCCAUCGGCCGGGGACCCGGUGGCCCCUCUGCCCGCCUGCUUCUGCUGCAACAUGCUAAGGAGGAGAGACCCUUCCCCUCCUCCUCGCCCCAGGGACAGGACUUGCCUUCUGGAAAAGCGGUUAUCCAGCCAGGAGAGGACCACGGCUUUCCUCCUCCAUCAGGCUUUCCAAAUCCAAGAUGACAUCGUCUCCUACCUCCGGGGAAGCAGAGGUUACCGGCACGGGGAGGACGCUGCCCGGCAGCUGCUGGAAUAUCACAUCCAGACCAUUACGAGCAUCGUUAAAAAGCUCAGCCAGGACAUUGAGGUUUUGGAGAGGCAAAUAAGAACGAGGGAUGGUGCCGCAGUGGAAACUAAUUUUGCUGUUCAAAGCCUGGACAAUAAAUACAUGCAGGGUUUUGGAGACCUGCGUGGAAGAGUGGCAAGAUGCGAGGCGAGCAUGGCGAAGCUGGCGGGAGACGUCGGGGUCAUCAGCCGCGAGGCCCGGGAGACCGAUAAAGAGAUUUAUGGCCUUCGCUCUGUCCUCAAACAUUGUGUCGGUGAUGUCGAGAAGAAGGUAAUGCAGCUAUUAGGCAAGAUAGAGACAUCCAACUCUGAUCAAAGCUCAAAUUUAAAGACAGUCCGGGGAGAUCAACAUCAUGAAUUGCAACUUCUGGAUUUCAAGUUGGCGAGUAUCCUAAGUGACUUCAGGGAUCAGAUGCAGGCCCAUCGGAAGUGGACGGAAGCGCAGCUGGCACGGUCUGAAGAAGAUCAAGCCCAGCGCAGGCACCAGCUGCUUAACUCCGUGCAGGAGAGACUGGAAAGAACAGAAAAAAGAGUGGAAGAAAAGCUCCUACUUCUGUCACUAAAGCUAGAGCAAAUGGAUAAGCCGCAGAAAUACGAAAAGCAGUUGAACCAGAUGAAAAGUGAUGAAAAAAGCCUGCAUGCAAGAAUCACCAGAUUUGAAAGACAAAUGUUGAAGGAGCUUGAGGAAAUCCAAAAUGAAUACAGAUCAGGAUUUCAAUCCAUCCAUGAGUCUCUGGAGCUGCUCAAGCAAAUACAGAACACAAAGCUGAAACUUGAAAAAAAGAAAAUUCAGAAAGACAUGAAGAAAGUCCAAUGAAAGUGACCUCCCUUGGCUGAACAAGAGCAAGCCGUGUCCACUCUUGCAGGCGCUCUCUCCAGUGAGAGGCAGCACUGAGUUAAAGGAAGAAGUAGGUUUUACACUCAUCUGAUGUUGUUUUUCCCUGUCCCUGUAGGAUGUUAUUGCUAGCUAUGGUAUUGUGCAACCACAAAAAUAACAACUCUGUAACACCAACAGUAAUUUUCACACCAGUUUUACCACGGAGUACUUCACCGUAGAAGAAAAGUUAAACUUUAAGUAUUGACUUAAAAUUUUACAAACGCACUUCACAAAAAAGCAUUCAUAGCAUUUAAAGGACUUCCAGAAGACAAGCACUCAGUCAUCAGUGAUGGCUAUCCCAGUCCUGACAUAAGCUAAAUCGGUUUUAGAUUAGUGUAACUACUGAAAUCAGGUCUAGUAAAUACCUCCAGCCACACACAAGGUUUAUGUAGUAAUAGCAUUAUGAAAACUGGUAUCAGAAUAUCUACUGAUGCAUGAUUUGCAUCUAUUAUAAUAAAUUACUGGAUUAGCUAAAAGUUGCUAAUAAAUUGGGUACAGGUGACAAAAUGCAAGUUAAUUAUUAACAGAUGCGUUAUUAAGAAGGUUUAUUUCUCAUCUUCUCUGUUUGACUGAAUAAAAGUUAGUGGUAGUUUGCAGCGGAAUGCUCAAAAACGUAACUGACAUUGUGAGUUUUGUGUUGCUUCAAAAACCAGGAACAACAAUCUAGAAAUAAGGAGAAAAUCUCUGGGAGUAGGGCAAAAGAAACACAGCAGAAUAAUUUCUCCACAGAAGCUAAUAGGAGUUCUUUGGCAGGGAGGCCAAAAACGGUCACAAUGCAAUUGCAACAGAAACCUGAAUUUCCAUAGUACAUUUGUUUCCAGAAAGCCCAAUACCACGCAGUGUCCAGAGAAGAAAAUUCAAAAGGGAUCAGACAAUCCUCCCGCAAUAAUCCCAAUCUCCAGCCUGUUGUGCUUUUUGCUUUACAGAAAAGCAGGUUUCUCAAAGCCACGGAUUUCACGUGGCUUCUCGGAGAAGCCAGACCUGCACGGCGUGACAGCCGAAACCGAAGGGGCGCGGUCAGCCGGGAACGCCACCUCGGCAAUUAAUCACGUCGCUCCCGCAGGCAGAAACUUUGUGUGUGAACGUAUAAAACCUCCUCCAGUGAGUAGGAAGUCCCAGAAAUCGCUCCCCUCCUGCAAAAGCCAAAGAACAGCCGCCCAAGCCGCAGACGGCCUUUCUGCACGGGAACGACCCCCCCCCCAGCCCCACGCCCGCCUCCAGGGCUCCGCAUCUGUCGCGUUUCCCACGAGCAGCAGGAAAACAGCGACUCCAAAACCCCAACGACUUCCAGCAGUUUCUGAGCUACUCUGAAUCCGUAUUUCGGUCUCACUCGACAUUCUGCCCGUUACGGGGGGGGCUCUGCUUUCACUGUAGAUGUAAUGUCCGUUACUCACAGCGAGACGUUUGGGGUUGGGGGCAGCCUCCCACGCUCUCCCUCUCGAGCUGCUUUGGGGAACUCCUGCUAUUUUUUGGUCCAUGUACCUGGCUGAUGGUGAAGCAGCAGCUAUAGCACGGCUUGGGGUGCAUCUGCCUCCCCACCGAGCACCCUGGAUGCCGCGGUUCUCGGUAUACCGAGGAACAACAGAAAAAUGAAAUACAAGG